AUGGUUACUACACGAGGAGGUACGGAGACGCCCGGCGCACCGACGCCCACGCCACGCAGUUCGACGAGAAAAACCGCCGGAAAGCGAGAAUUGGAAGCGCUGGAGACGCCGACACAAGCAAAGAGACAGAGGAAGGCUCCGGCUCCUCGAUCGUCACAAAAGAAAGCGGCAGCAAAGUCUGAUGCGCCUACCGAAGAACUCUCGCAAGUGUCUGCAGACGAUGUCGCCGCCGUAGUUGCGCCCUCCAGAGAAUCUCCCGAUGCUUCUUCAGCUACCGAAGGCAAGGAAGACGAGGCGCAAACUUCGCACGAUGCAGUAUUCUAUACUCCAGCGCAGCGGGCUGGGUCUGUGUAUGAGACACCAGCUACACACAGGCAGCCUGAAGGAUCACCAACGCCAAAAGUGAAAGAAGCGAGCGUUGAGCCAACAUCGACCGUGAUCAAGAGGGGGAGAGGACGACCGAGGAAGACACCGCAAAAGGUGUCUAGCCCACCUCAGGCUGAAGAGACGCCCUCCAGGUUCAACGACGAGAUCCCCACAUCUUCAUAUGAGAGCUCAAUGGCGCCUAUUCCCUCACAGGAAGCUCCUCCUUCUGCACAACCGGAGAAGGCACACAUGCACUUCGACGACGACGAAGAGUCCGUAGUCACACAAAUCUCGCCAACCGCCAACAAGUUCCAUGAUGUCCCCACCGUCACGGAACCCGCAGCUGGAUCGGUCCAAGACUCAGACGAGGACAAUGCAAGCGACUCAGACGACGAAGCCCCCGAAGUAGUCACAACCGCCGCCGCCAGCUCAAAGGCACAGGCCGCACAAGCAGACGCCGAGCGCGCCCAAAAAGCCCAACAAGCAAAGGAGGAAGCCAAGCGGAAAGCGCGCGAGGAACUCAUCGCCACACAACAAGCCGCAAAGCGUGAACGUGAGGAGAAGAAAGCAAAGAAGCUGGCCAAGAAAGCCGCCAAGGAAGCAAAGGCCGUCGCUGCAGGCCCAGAGGAAGAAGAGGCAGCAAUUAAACCACGCAUGGAAAUCGACCUAUCCAACGGUCUACUACCCGCCUCCCUCCUCGAAAACAUCGACGACCAGCGCCCGCCCACGCCUCCCCCCGAACGCCGCGGCGCAACAGAAGAGCAACUCCGUAAGGAGAAAUUGAACCGCCACAUCAAGUUCCUCGAGCGCACCGAGAAGCCAGCGAAAGAUGUGAAAAAGGGUAAGCUGAACGUCGCGGUGUUAGCACAGCAGAACAAGGUGCUGCCGCCAAAGGUCAACCGCAACACGAAGAAUGUGCGUGAACACUGGUUGAAGGGUAGACAGGUGGAUAAGAAGAAUAAGAAGGGGCUGAAGCCCAGUGCGCGGUUUGGCAAGAUGGAGCGCCGACCACAUGUCAACCGGGGAUUUCUCAGGAACGGGGAUGAGUAG